AUGGCAGCUACAUUUUUGCCACCUGACAACGUGCAGAAAGGCGGCAACAACGGUUUCGCAAUGCAGUACGGAAUGUACAACAACACUGACGAAGUGUACGGUCAAGCGCCGCCGUACUUGAAUAACAACGGCUUCAACGCUGCAAACAACUUUGCUGACAACAACUAUGCCUACCAGGAUGCAGUGAAAGCAUACACUAAUGGUGGGUGCAACAUGCCGGGCUUCCCCCAGAACGGAUUUGGUGGAGGUUUCCAGAACGAGGCGCAGAUGGGCUACAACGGGUUCGGCUGGCGCCAGGAGUACUCUCAGGGAACAGGGCCCGAAUACGAGGCACAGGAGCUCUGGACAGCAGAAGCAGAUGAAGAGUUUGCCCAGGUCCACGUCUUCGGACCGCAGGGGGAACAGGUGCCAGGAGCUGUUACCACUUUUCAGCAAGCUCAAACGAUGUUCCCGGACAUCCUGGUCCACAAACUGAUAGAGGCAGGCUUCACGGCGCCUACACCUAUCCAGGCUCAUACUUGGGCCAUUGGAGUGGCUGGUAGUGACCUGAUUGGCAUCGCCAAGACCGGCAGCGGCAAGACCCUUGCGUUCCUGAUGCCUGGGUUCCUGAAGAUCACGCAGACCCGUUCCAGGCUGCCGCAGCUCUGCGUUCUCGCGCCCACCCGGGAGCUGGCCUGCCAGAUCGAGUCCGAAGCCGACCGCUUCGGCCGUGCUGCCGGAAUCCGGACAGCCUGCUGCUACGGUGGUGCACCUCGGGGCCAGCAGCUCGGUGCCCUACGCCGGGGGGCGCAGGUCAUUGUGGCGUGCCCGGGGAGAUUGAAUGACUUCCUGUCUAGUGGAGCUGUGAAUCUUUCCAACGUCUCCUACCUGGUCCUGGACGAAGCAGAUCGGAUGCUUGACAUGGGCUUCGAGCCGCAGAUCAGACAAGUCAUUCAGCAAGUUCCCGAAGACAGGCAGACACUGCUGUUUACCGCGACAUGGCCCCGAGAAGUUCGCUCGUUGGCCAGCGAGUUUCUCAAGCGACCAUUCCACGUGCAAACCGGAGCGGUCCAUGAGAUGACAGUAAACAAAGACAUCGAACAACGUGUCGUCUUCUGCUCCGAUGAGGAGGACAAGGCCCAGCAGCUCCUUCAGAUCCUGUCCUCACUCGGGCGCGGAGACCGUUGCUUGAUUUUCUGCGAGAUGAAGCGUUCUUGCGAGAUCCUGGCGAAUGAUCUGAUGCAGUACCACGGGGUGCCGGCCGUUCGCAUCCACGGAGACAUGGCCCAGUACGAGCGCACCGGGGCGUUGGAGGCCUUCAAGAGCGGCCAGAGCCCGAUUCUUUGUGCAACGGACGUCGCUGCACGUGGACUCGACAUCAAGGGUGUCACCUGCGUUAUCAACUACGAUUCCGCAAGUUCGGCAAAGGACUACGUUCACCGAAUUGGAAGGACUGGGCGCGCCGGUCAGAAAGGGUUGGCCUAUUCCCUGCUCCUGCUCCACAAGGAGGACAAGAAAGCCUUCGAGAUCGCUUCCGUUCUUGUUCGCAGCGGUGCGGUCGUUCCCCCAGAGCUGGAGAAGUACGCCACGCAGCAGUCUGGUGGCAAAGGAAGGGGAGGCAAGGGCAAAGGCAAGGGCAAGGGCAAAGGCGGAAAAGGCAAAGACGGCAAGAACGGCUCCAAAGGUGGCAGAGGAAAGGGAAAGGCUGGAGCCAAAGGAAAGCCUCAAGGGCCUCCCAGCCAGUUUUGA